GGUCGGCAGGGAUUUGUUUUGCACUAUCCAGACUUCCUCCUCUGCGUGUUUUCAUAAACAAACCGCAUUUUUCCUUUCGUCGAGGUCGCCGCUUUCGCUCUCUGUCAGCCUGCCAGUAUUGUCGGCGUCCAGCUCCACUUUAAAAGAAGGUCGUUUCGGAACUUUGAGCGCUGGUUCGGAUUCAAACGGGGGCAAAAAGCGAGAAAGACGCGGGUAAACGAGCUCCGCUGUCUGUCCGUUUGUUGUUGUUUUGUUUUUUUGGUCCUAGCCGCCAGCGCGUGGUCGUCUGUUUCUCACCAAACUGACCAUUUUUACCGGCGUUUCAUCUGGUGGUUUGCAGCCGUCAGCCACAUCGGUCCGCUGUGAAGAGCUUCGGUGUUUUUUAGACAUGGUGAAGCUGACAAAAGCUAAGACGUUCCAGGCUUAUCUGGACUCCUGCCACCGUCGUUACAGCUGUGUGCACUGUCGUGCUCAUCUGGCCAAUCAUGACGAUCUCAUCUCCAAGUCUUUCCAAGGCAGCCAGGGCCGAGCCUACCUCUUCAACUCUGUGGUCAACAUCGGCUGCGGUCCAGCUGAGGAGAGACUGCUGCUGACAGGACUUCACGCAGUGGCCGACAUUUACUGCGAAAACUGUCACACCACACUGGGCUGGAAAUAUGAACAAGCCUUUGAACUGAGUCAGAAGUACAAGGAGGGGAAGUACAUCAUUGAGCUGUCCCACAUGAUAAAGGACAACGGUUGGGACUGAGGGGAAAAUCUUCAUCUUUCGUCAUGACUUUUUCACAAGUUGCGAAAUGGUUCCAGUGUAGCUUCUUCAUCCCACGUUUGAGCCAUCGCUGUGCCACACUUUCACUUCAUACAGCUUUGCCAAGAAUAGCAUGUGAUGCCUUAUCUUUAUCUGUUCUUCGUGUUUUUUCAGCAACCACAACAACACAUUUGCUGAUAAUGCUGUCCUAAGUGCUAGCCGUGCAGGGACAUGGACUGAAUGAGUGCAGGGUUUGUGUGUGAAAACUUGGGAGAUGUAGUCACAGGCACCAGGGAGUGUCACAUUUUAAGCAUGUGUGUUAAUGAUCAAACCAGUAAGCAGCCUCGCCCUGUGGUGGGCAGGCCAGUGCAAGUCAGAUAAUUUGAUCUUCUUAUACACUGUAUGCAGGUAUUUGGGUUUUCUCUUGACUUUAUGGUUCAUAUUUACAUGUAAAUGACCCAAACUGAGUGAAUUAUUUAGGCUUGUUUAACCCAGAGAGCCUUUUUUUUUUUUUUUUUUCCUUUUUUUUGAGUGAUACAAGGGUAUGGGAAUGCCUAGAGGAGCAGAAUGGGCUUUUUUUUUAAUGAGUUAAAUUUAUGUUUUUAAGAUCAGUAACACUUGUUCAUAUUUUGCCAAAAAGCCCACAAAAGUCUUGUAAUUCAUAAUCUGGAGUGAGUCUUCUGCUUGCAGGUAUACUUUUAAGAGUGUGUGUGUGUGUUUGGGUGAGAGUGUGUAUGAGUGCAGUGUUUGCUCAUAUGUCUUAAGCUGGACAGUGUUGAGAAGCAUUAAUCUGGAGUUGAUUCACAUUUAGAUUUUUCCACUGCACAUUUGGGAUAUCUACACUCUUAAUGCGGAUCCUUCAUAUGUUUGUGUAUGACCUAACACUAAGCUGACCUUAGAUUUACUAGAUUGUGCUAGAGCAAAGUGUGAUUCGGGUAAUGUAGCAUAUUUAUGGUGAUUUCUUCCCCCACAAUGUCUGCUUCUCUCAUUAAAGUGUUUUUUUUUUGUUUUUGUUUUGUUUUUUUAACCUGAUAUUUCAUUAAAAUUCAGUGUGCCAGUAACA